AUGUUUCAUUUGGUAUCAUCACUUUAUACACAAUAUACCAAAAGAGAACAAUAUAAUGUGUUAAUUCUAGGGUUAGACAAUGCAGGGAAGACCACAUUUCUCGAACAUAUUAAGUUAUUAUAUUCAACACCUGAUUCUAAUAAUAAACAAUCUACCCAGGAUACCACGUCAAUUAUUAAAAGUAAAAGGAUUUUACCCACAGUUGGACAGAACACCACAACAAUUAAGUAUCACUCAGAUGAAAACAUUGUUUACAAUAAUAUAAAUUUGAAAUUUUGGGAUUUAGGAGGACAAAAGUCUUUAAGAAAUAUGUGGUCAAGAUAUUAUUCAUCAUGUCAUGGGAUUAUAUUUAUAAUUGACUCUACUGACACUGAUAGAUUCCAAGAAUGUUACGAAACAUUGAUGACAUUAAGUCAUGAUGAAAAUUGGGGAGACGAAAAUAAUAAUUAUGAAAGUACUGUUAAUGUCCCCAUACUUAUGAUGGCCAAUAAGCAAGAUUUACCUCAAGCAAUUGAUCUAGUCACUUUAAAAACAGGAGUUUUCAUUCAAGUAGUAAGUGAAUUAGAAGCCACAGAUCUGAAGUUACUUCCGGUAUCAGUUCUAGAGAAUCAAGGUAUUAAAGAAAGUUUGGAAUGGUUGAUUUCAAGAUUGGUGUACAAUAAAGCUAACAAGCAACCCGAAUAUAGGUAA